GGGGUUAACAGACUUCUUUCAGUGAAAUGGUCUUUUAUACAUCCAUGCCACAUGCCCAUCAGUCACAAAAAUCAGAGGCUACAGUCUCAAUGGAUCCACAAAAUCAUUUCAAACGCCUCAACGUCGAUGAGCAGCAGUUGGAGAACUGCAAUCAAACUGAAUGGAUUGGCAUGGGGAGAAGCGGCACUCUCAACCUGGCUAAGCAGCAGCUUUGGAACUGGAUUUGUCUUUUAGUGGUUUCUAUGAGCCUGUUACUCCGACCAGUGUGCUGCCAAAAAUGUCGAAUUCAGCGCUGUAAUGCGGAGUACGUGGCCUCAUUCUCACCCUCGGGUGGCUUGCAAGAGGAGGUGCUUCCAGAUGUGGACUACUGCAUCACUCUGAGGGCCUACUCGUUGUGUACGCGUCGCACAGCUCAUGGCUGUAGAGGGGACUUGGUGUACCACUCCGCUGUAUUCCGUAUUAAAGAGCUCUUUGCACAGCACAACUGCUCCAUCGACGGCCCAACGUCGUCAGCCAAAGCACCCAGCACUUCCAAGCCACCAGUGGUGGACGUCUGCAACUACGAAAGCAGGGUGCUCGCGUCGGGCCCGGCGGCUCAACAGAAAAAGUACGGACAUUGUGGAUUAUUUGGUGAUCCUCACUUGCGGACUUUUCGGGAUGAGUUCCAGACAUGUAGGGUUGAAGGAGCCUGGCCGCUCAUCCACAACAGAUACCUUUCGGUUCAAGUCACAAACGUACCGGUGGUUGAAGGCUCCAGUGCUACAGCAACCAACAAGAUAACAGUCAUCUUCAAGUCCUACCAUGACUGCACCGAGCAGAAGGUGUACCAGGCCACCACCGAGGACCUGCCGUCGGCGUUCCAGGAUGGCACGCGAAGCGGUGGGAAAGCAGAGAGCCUGUGGAUCGCGGAGGGUAGUGGAGGUCUAGGUAUACGGCAAGUGAAGAUCCACGCUCGCUAUCUAGGCACGUCCAUCAUUGUGCGGCAGGUCGGCCGCUACCUGACUUUCGCCAUCCGCAUGCCUGAGGACUUAGCGGAGGAGAACGGUGGCCUGCAGCUGUGUCUGCACGGCUGUCCGCGCAGUGAGGUCAUCAAAGCCCACGUGCUCAACCGGCAGCAGAGCCUGCGUCCGCCGCGGCUUAUGGGCGGCUGGUACGGGGAGGGCGAUGGCGGCGAGAUGCAGCCAGGCCUCUCGGCACACGUGGACAUGUUGGAACGUGCGACCACAAAGUGUCGAGAGAUGCUGCAGGUGGAGGACGUUUAUUUCCAGUCGUGCGUGUUCGAUCUUCUCACGACAGGCGAUCAGGAGUUCUCCAUGGCUGCGUAUGGUGCCCUGGAGGACCUUAAGGCACUUCCGCCAAGCACUCUGAAACAAAGUUCACCCAGGACUCCACACAUUUAUAGUAGAGGAACAAUAGUUACACCUUCUGUUUUCACGGCUCUGGUUCUUAUGCUGCUGUUGAACUGAAGGAGCUGGUCUAGACGCCAGCUUGAGGAUGGAUACCCACCAGCCAGCCUGUUCUUCAACCAUGACACCCUCCUGGAAAAACAAUCAAACUGACUUCAAACUGUCUGCGAGUGAGAGACUCGUUCCAUUUAAACAUGCAGUGUUUUACUCUUCAAACGGAUAAUGGCAGAACACUCCAGGGCUUUCCGAAUGUGAAAUCGACAAUCGCUCGAAUCUGGAAAAGAUGAAGGCAGCUUAUCUGCAUAUCUUCUAGGUUAUCACCGAUUAAAGAAUGGAAACUCUACUACAGAUGUGACGUUAUUGGAUGAAAUUAUUGUAAAAGACACAUAGGAUGUCCUGAAUCACACAAGUUUAGGUGCACUUCAAACUUUCUACUAUAAGAAAAUAUGUUAUCUACACGGGAUCCAACAACUACAUGAAAUGCUACCUAUCCAUAUAUUUUUGGGUCUGGGUCAUACAACCACACAUUAAGCUACAGUCAUGGUAGGAAAAGACUUAUUCAAGCUGCUCUGCUUAUUAAGGAGAAAACAAAACAAAUUCUUUAUAUAAUAAUAUAUUGAAAGAGUGUAUAUAUGUGUUUUAUAUGUGUACAUUCACUUGUGUAUAGAUGUUAAUGUUUUGAAGCAG